AUGAAAAAAAUUGAGAUUAUUGACGGAGUAAAGCUAUAUCUCAAAGAUGGUGAACAAAAAUUGACUUCUACAAGUAAGUAUAAAGGUGUUCGACUUAGAUGGAGAAGAUUCUCGGCUGAAAUUCAAGAUCCACUUGCAAAAAAAAGAAUAUGGCUAGGUACUUUUGAUACUGAAAUACAAGCUGCAAUGGCUUAUAGUCAAAAGAUGGACGAGUAUGAAGAAAGGAAAUUAGCUGAAAAUACACCGUUGGAUGACUUUAUUAUUAGUCCAUCAUGCAAUGAAGGGGGAGAAUCAUGUAAUGACUAUGAUGAUCUAUCUGAUGAUGAUGACGACAACGACAUUGGUGGUGGUGGUUCAAAUCAGAUGCAGUUGGGUACUCAUGAUAUGUUAGAGAUUCAACCUUAA